UGGUAAGUCAUUACCAGCUUAUACUUCAACGGUGAAGAUGUUCCAGCCAUGGAUAUUAGGGACUAUUUAUACAAUCGCUCUGCUACCAUUUACAAAACAGGGAGCCAAUGAAACGGAAUCCGAUUUUGAAAAAAUAAAGGCUUUGAUUGAAGAUGGAAAUAAUAAAGCCAAUGAAAUGCAUGGCGAAAUUGUUGGUUUAAAAUCGGAGAACGAAAAGUUGAUGUCUGAACUGAAAGACAUGAAAUCGUCGAUGAAAGCAAACAUAAUGGACUCUAAUUGCAAACUAAGCGAGAAGGUCGACUCUUUGAGUUCGUGUGCAUGUGGCUGUGAGAAGCCAGCAUGUCCCGCAGGUGGAGCCAUCGAAUUUGACGCUAUCAAGUAUGACAGCAAAAUAUGGUGGACAAAGCGUAUAACAGAGAACUACUACACAGCAGGUAGAUUGUCAAGCAGAAUGAUCAAAUAUGCUCAUGAGGCUGGCUUCAAAUCAAUCAUAGCAGUAGUGAAUUUUACAACAGCAGUUCAGAGGGGUGAUGAGUAUUUCCCGACGACGUUAGAUGCUAAAGAUAUAUCGGAACGAUUAGCUGGUGUACCAUAUGGUAUAGCAAGGCCGUUAGACUGGGCUCAGUGGCAAGACAUAAAUACGGUUCAUAGCCUUACAAGAAUUGCAGAUAGCUUCCCGAAACCAAUUUUGGUACAUUGUAGGUCAGCUUUUACCUCUACGUUUUUCUUGCUUUCUUACCUUGCGAACAAGACGAGAAUAGACCCUUCAUUUGAACCUAGAGUGGAUGUAAAUGCGUUUUUCGAAAUGGCAUCGAAACAAGGUUUUGAGUACACUGGUUCUCCUAUUCUCCUUGACAUAGUAGCUCAAGUAACAGGAAAUAGCAUUGAUGAAGUGAAUGCCGCACAAGCUGCACAUAUACCUGAUAUUCCAAUGGGGAACCAAUGGCAAAAGUAUUGGCUGGCAAAACCUUUGUAUAAGAACAUAUUCAUUGCUGGCCAGGUUUGGUCUUCCAAUAUACAAAAUUUAAAAGAUGCUGGCUACUCGACCAUUAUUAAUGUUCGGAAAGGGGUAACAGAGAAUUCCAUGCCAUCUCAAGAAGAGGUAACAUUGCUGAACGUACGAGGCAAGACAGGUACGUAUUGCACCUUUGAGCACGGUGGACGUCAAAGCAUUAAACGGCUUGAAGAUACGAGGAUCGAUGCCUGCAAACAGAAUGAGUACAUCUCCAAGAGCUCCAAGGUGAACUAUGAAGCAAUGAAUGCAUUGGAAUUCGGUGAUGCGAUCGGUUAUAAUGAGACGUUAGAGAGACAGGCAGUUGAAGCCAUUGGUGGUAUGAGGUACCACCUUAAACCAAAAGGUAAUAUAUGUUAUACAAUAAGUACCAGUAAAUCUGCUGCUUUGUGUUUCUGACUUAUUUUUGGCAUAUUGAACGCCCUAUAAAGACACAAAAAUAUUUCUAUGUGAGAGAACUUCUCUAGCUACUGCAAUGGAAAUAUGGAAU